AUGGCCUCCAAAACUUGUAAUUCGUGUCUGCGAGCUCUAAAAUUUCAAUCAGGACGUACUGUUAAAAUCAGCAUUCCGAAAUUCACCACUCGAGCUUUCGCCACGGCCAACGACAAAUAUGCAUACCUUCCAGAGGUCAAUCAGAAUCAUGGAACAUCAAUCCCUCCUGUUACACCUCCUCUUGCUGGAGACAAGGCAAACCACACCACUCAUACCUCUCAAACUCUUGCCAGAGAAUUCAAGAAGAUUUCAGGAAAGGCUUUGACAGAAACAUACACCGCAUACGGAGCGACAGAAGAGCUCUAUAAAGCUUGUGGUGCACAUGCAGAGUACUCUAUACCACAAGCGUCAGAUACAGAGGCGGAAAUGCCAAAGACAGAAGAAGGUGAAGACUUGGGUAUUGGCAAAGGCUGGUGGCACGAACAGCUGGCAUUAAAACCCACCUUUAGUACCUGGUCACAAGUGACAAUGCUUCAUUUAUAUUUGUUGUCUGUCCGCCUCCGAUGUCUCCCCGGUACGGCAUCGCAGCCUUGGCAACAACAUCUUCUCGACCACUUCUUCUAUGAUGCCGAGAACAAAAUGAUUAUCAAUCACAACAUGCAUGCUCGUGGUACUCGUAACAAGUACCUCAAGGACAUGUUUGUCCAAUGGCGAGGCCUUCUAGCAGCGUAUGACGAGGGUCUGGCCAAGGGUGAUGCUGUAUUGGCGGCGGCUGUCUGGAGAAAUAUCUUCAAAGCAAACGAGGAUAUUGACAUCAAAGGACUUGCGACGAUUGUCAGUUAUAUGAGAAGUACUUUGCAAGGGCUAGAGAAGCUCACAGAUGAGGAGAUCAUGAGUGGACAAUUGACCUUUGCCGACCCUGCAGGAGAAGCCAGUUUUGUCGGGAUUAAAAGCAAAUUGAUGGAUCUACCAUUUGAUAAAGCCCCGGGAAAGGAUCUAUUAACUGAAGCGGGAAACACAAGCUAG